CACUCUAAACAGUUUCUGUUAUUUGGCAGUUGUGUUGUUUUCAAUUUUUUAAAUUAACUGACCAAAAGAGGAAGAUUAGCCGAUUAACUGUUCAGUCUGUCAGCUCUUGACAUAAAGGACAGGGAAAUGUGAUUGGCUAUUUGCUCUUCAGCGCAAUAAAAAGGGAAGUGACAAAGGGAGUGAAAACAGGCUCAGGGCAAGUUUUAACAGCUGAUGACUCUGUGACAAAUGCACAAAGAACUUUGUCUCUCAGCCUACUGUAGUGGUAUACAGGCCAGCAGACAUGGAGACUAAUAGCAAAGAAACACUACAAGCAGACUUUGAUGUAUUUGAUAUUUCUGAAGAGUUUGGAUUUCUACUUGAAGAGCCACUGACUCACCUCCCAGACCAUUAUCAGGUGUGGCUGGACCUCGCAAAUAAUCUCACACAUCUGAUAGAAUCACGUAAACUACGGGAUCUGGUUGAUAAGAUGCCGGUCUUGAGUCCAGAUCUUUUGAGUGACCAUCGGGAGCUUAGGCUCGCUCACCUAGCACUAGGAUUCAUCAGCAUGGGAUAUGUAUGGCAGGAAGGACAACAUGCACCUGCUGAGAUACUCCCAAAGGCUCUGGCCCUGCCUUUUUGGCUGGUAUCACGCAGACUUGGCCUUCCACCGAUCCUGACAUAUGCAGAUUCAGUUUUAGCCAACUGGAAGUUAAAGGAUCCCACAGGGGAUAUGAGCAUUGGGAACAUGGACCUGAUAUUUUCCUUCCCUGGUGGUGACACUUGCAGGGGAUUUUUUAUUGUGUCACUGCUGGUUGAGAUGGCGGCUUCACCCGGCAUAAUGGGGGCGCUGGAGGUGAUGCACGCCAUUAAAGUCUCUGACCUCACUGGGAUAAAAAAUGGCCUCAUCAAAGUAACUCAGUCUUUAAAGAAGAUGAAGGAAAAUUUCAAAUUUAUGCACAAUCACGUGGAGCCAGCUGCAUUUCAUGGAAAAUUGAGAAUUUUUGUCUCAGGGUGGCGAGACAAUCCAAUGCUUCCAAGGGGGGUGCUGUAUGAAGGUGUGAGCGAUGAGCCUAUUUUGUUAUCAGGUGGGAGUGCAGCCCAGAGUUCAGCUAUUCAAUGCUUUGAUGCUUUGCUGUGCAUCCAGCAUGAGGAAGAGACAGGAGCGUUCCUGACACGCAUGAGAGAUUACAUGCCUCCUGCCCACCGUCAGCUGAUAGAAACGCUCUCCGUCUGUCCACCGCUGCGAGACUUCAUCUUGUCCUGCUCCAACUCUGACCUCUGCCAGGCCUACAACUCUUGUGUCUCCGCACUGGUGGAUUUACGAAACUAUCACCUCAAUACUGUGACCAAGUACGUCAUUAUUCCUGGUAACCACGCGCAAUCUGUGGGCUGUCCAUUCAGAGGUGUGGGUACUGCACUCAACACCACUGGGACUGGUGGAUCCAACCUCAUGGUCUUCCUUAAGAGUGUUCGUAACACCACCCAAAAGGCACUGAUUUUAGAGAGACUAUCAUAG